AGUGAGAGAGGUGCUGUCUUGUAUUGCAGAGCCAAGGAAGAGCAGUGUUGCUGUUGGUAGAGUGCAUUGCUUGAAAGGAUGUUGGCAACCAGACUGUCCCGGCCUCUCCUGAAUUUCUCUGUGAAAGCCCUGAAUGUGAAGGACCCAGGGAAUGGCUGCAGGCCUGUGCAAAGGUUUUGUUUCCCUCUCUUGUCCCCCUGUGGCAGCCGCUCUUAUGCAAGUGAAGUGGAUCAGAUUGGCAGCAGAGCCGUGCUUAUAACAGGUUGUGAUUCAGGGUUUGGAUUUGCCUUGGCCAAGCACCUGCACACUAAAGGCUUUAUUAUUUAUGCUGGUUGCCUGCAAAAGGAUAAGGGAGAGGGUGGCUCCAAGGAGCUCGACGACAUGAAGAGUGAUCGAAUGAGAACUGUCCAACUCAAUGUCUGCGAUAGCAAAGAAGUGGACCGCGCAGUGGAGCACGUGAACAGCAGCCUGGAGGAUCCCGAGAAAGGGCUCUGGGGGCUGGUUAACAAUGCUGGGAUCUCCACAUUCGGAGAGGUGGAGUUCACCAGCAUGGACACGUACAUGGAAGUAGCUGAAGUGAACUUGUGGGGGACAGUGCGAACCACCAAGGCCUUCCUUCCGCUCAUCCGCAGAUCCAAAGGUCGUGUGGUGAACAUCAGCAGUAUGAUGGGGCGCAUGGGCAGCCCUGCCCGCUCGCCCUACUGCAUCACUAAGUUUGGUGUGGAAGCCUUCUCUGACUGCCUGCGCUACGAGAUGCAGCCCCAGGGCGUCAUGGUCAGCAUCGUGGAGCCUGGAAACUUCAUCGCUGCCACAAAUCUGUACAGCCCCGAGAGAAUCAAAGCCAUAGCCGACAAGAUGUGGGAAGAACUCCCCGAGAUAGUGCGCAAGGACUAUGGCAGGAAGUACUUCGAUGAGCAGGUGAGCAAGAUGGAGACGUACUGCAACAGCGGCUCCACAGACACGUCGCCGGUCAUCGAGAGCGUCGCCCACGCGCUCACCGCCACAGCGCCCUACACCCGCUACCACCCCAUGGAUUACUACUGGUGGCUGCGCAUGCAGAUCAUGACGCACAUGCCUGCGGCCAUUUCCGACCGCCUCUAUGUCUAUUGAGGCCUCACACUCCUCGGCUACCAAGGUGGGAAAUUUAUUUUAAAGAGAGCAUUGUACACAGUUCCUAUUAGCCAUUUUAAAAAUUUUCUAACCUCAAUUCAGAGUACUGUAUUUUAGCUCUAAAGGGUUCAUUUAAACAUCUGACAUAACCUAAGGGGCAGUAAUUCACAGGGGAUACUUUGCGGGCAGGAAUAUAUUAUAUUUGUGCACAAACAUUGUUUCUUUGCUAUUUAUUUCAUGUAAUCCGUCUUUUUUUUUUUUGUCCACCUCAGCUGUCAAGCUAAAAUCAUUAUUUAAAUUACGAUUGCUCCAAAGUGUUUUCAUAACAAUUUUUGCUGGUGAUUGUACACAGUCUUUAGAAUUUCUGCCUAGGAUGCAGCCUUCACUCCAUAGGGUCCUCUGUUUUGUAGCAGUGAAUCGCUGCCUUCUGAUACUUAAGAGUGUCCAAUAGACUUUUCCAGGCCUAGUGACAGAAGCCCAAGGUAGAGCAGAAGCCCUUUUAAUUCGAGGAUCAGAACUGAAAACAUUCAAAGUGCUGAAACUGAGCAGGUGACCCUGUCCCUUCCUCUCUUAGAGUUU